AUGGGCCCCGGCAAGGACUUGGACCUGCUGCUGGGCCGGGGGUACAGGGCCACGGGAUCGGAUCGAUCGGAGACGUUCCUGGAGAUGUACCGGGCGGCGAGGGGAGAGGGCGCGGACGUGGAGCUCCUGGACGCGGUGACGAUCGAGACGGAUCGGCGGUUCGACGCGGUGUACACGAACAAGGUUCUGCACCACCUAACAGAGGAGCAACUGGACGCAUCCCUGGCGCGGCAGUGGGAGGUGACGAAUCCGGGGGGCUUUGGGGUGCACACCUUUUGGCACAGUGAGAAGGAGCCUGAGGUCAUGUUUGGCAGCCUGCUGUUCACUUACUACACAAAGGAAACCAUCGUGAAGAAAAUCACCGAGACAGGCAAGUGGGCUGUAGUGGAGGCCACAGUGUACAAGGAGAUGGAGGAUGAUGACUCGGUAUGCGUGGUGCUGCGCCGUGUGGACUAG